AACUCCGUGGUCGGGACGCUUUGGUCGUUAUGGCGACGGAAUGAUCUACAUUUUAAUCGUAAAAUUUAACCGUUUUAAGGUUUACACGAAUAAUAAGUUUAGGUUUGGGUUACGAUGAUGGCAUUCAAGUAGCACCGAUGGUUCACCGCCCGCAAAACGACGUCGCUUCGAAGCAGCGUUUUCGAGUUAGCGUUAGCAUUAGCCGGCUAAAGAGAAAUGCAAUGGGUUUCGCUGGUUAGCCGAGGAGCUAAGUUAACGUUGGCUAGCCUAGUUAGCUAACUUUAUGUUUUGUAGAGCAGGAGGCGGCAGAAGCCGCUCAGAUAUGUCAGUAAUGGUAACGUUAGUUGUUUGGAGGCGGUUAAUGAAGUUAAGACGGUAUUAGUUCAGAUGAAGUGCUGAGUUCCGCUGGUUCCGCUGGGUCACUAUUCAUAGUGGCUUAGCUGUUACUGCCUGCAAGAGGGGUGCCAUUAAUUUUGGACUUUAUCUACAAUGUGGAACCGAGGAGGUUUUCGCAGUGCAGCUCUGGAAAGAGCCAAAGCACAGCUGUCUGGACAGCGGGUUACCAACAGUGGGACACCGAAGACAAACACACUAAGAGAUGUAGGCAGUGCAAAUUUUGGAAAAGACGUGCUACAAGCCAGACAGACUCCUUUACAAGGACUGAGUGACCUCUCCUCAGAAGAUGCAGAGAGUGGCGACCAAGGUCAUCCUGCUGACCCUGCUAAAGUGGCACCACACUUUGCAGAGCCGUUUGGCAUGGGUGGUGGAAGUAGAUUUCUGAAGAAAUCUGCCAGCAGCGCCGCAGCAGACGGACACUUAUCUGCCCCUAGCAGGACUCCUGCUGAUGCAACUGACCUCAAGCUCAUUCCUCAGCGUAGCUCGCAAAGCGUGGCACUAAGCAGGCUUGCGUUAAUUGAAGACCGCUUGCGAAAUCAUAAGAGCAAAAAGCGCGGCCCUGAAGUGCCGCUGCCACAGGAGCCGGGCCUUUCCGUCCAGUCCAGCAGUAGCUUGAGUAUGGCUGGUAGCCAUUUCCUUAAAAUGAAAGUGACCACUCCUACCGAUCAGAAGGACUGUGACACCGCACAUGUGGGCAGCUAUAACAAGGCUCCUCCACAUGUGGCUUCAACUGUGGAAAAAGGUGUGGACAGCGACGAGGAGGACAUGCGUAGACUUCUGGGAGAAUCGCUAGAUUCACCAGAUGGGAGCCUGACCAAAGUCCUGAGACAGAGUCCUCAGGUGUCUGCUAAGACAUAUUUGAAAAGCGGUGUAAAUGUGUCCAGCCCGUCUGUCCCGUCUGCCGAUCAACGCCAAGGAAAGUCACAUGUUUCAUCAGCAUUCACAGCGCAUCAUCAUCAAAGUGUCUCUCCUUCCCCACCUUUGUCUCCUAAAGUCCUCCCAGCCAGCAGGUCUGGUUCUCGGAGGGCUGUGGUCACUCCGCUGUCUCUGAACUCCUCCUCAAGCCACAGUGAGAUCAGGUCACUGGAAGAGCUUUUCCCAGUUGCAUCUAAAGAUGACGACACACUGAGUGAGCAAAGUGCAGUAUCAGAUGUGGUCAGGACCCCCAUGGACCCUCAAAGAGCAGAUUUCAAAUUAAAUAUCAUGACGUUGGAUGACCUGGCCCCAGUUACCCUUGGUACAGCUGAGUUAUCAAAAGAAAAGGUGGACAGUUUUCUAAAAACGACUGGAGAAAGUCCCUCUGGAUUCAGAGAGCUCAGCGUUUCCUCGGCCCACAAAAUCUCGCAUGAAGACAGGCGUGAACCUGAGGAGGCUCCAGCAGAGUAUGAGAGUGACUUUGAGAGCGAGAUCCAGACUGACACAGCUCCGAGUGCUAAUGAGAUUUCUGAGCAUUUCUCAGCUGGAGAUAAACAUUCCUCCAUAGCUACUGAGCCUCAGUCUCGCUCAGGCGAUUGGCACUCUGAUGAUGACCUCACUCUCACAGAAGAUCCAUCAAAGUCAACAAGCACCCGUUAUCGCAGGCCUGGGUCUUUAAGCCGCAGCAGAAGCUCUCGCUCAAGUUCUAACUCCAGCGAUGCCACCGUUACUCAAAGUGAGCCACGGAGGCUGAGCGCCAGACGGCCUGUGAAGGACGCUACGGUGCAGACGCAAAGAGAUGGACUAACUUACACGUGGUCCGCUGGUCAAGCUGUACUGGGUCCGUCAGUAGGGAUGUCCUACACGGAUCCAACUCCUGUGGCUAGCCACACAAUCAGCGCAGAGGCAGUGGAAGCGCUAUCUGCAUACAGCCCUGCGGUGUUUGCUCUGAAUGACAUGAUGAGACAGCAGCUAGCACUGACCAGGAGCUUCAUUGAGACCAGCAGACAUCUGCACCAGGCUAUGGUGGAGUCCCUGGGGCCUGCUGACUAUAGAUACACCACACUGAAGGAAACCAAAGAGUUCAUCCGCUGUAACAGAUCACCCAAGCUGACCUUGAAGGACGCUCUGGAAGAGGUUUUGCAGGAGAUGAGGGAAUAUCACUACAUAUGAAGUACAAAGAAAGUGCCUCGUUUUGGCAUAUGGGAUACAUCAUACAUCACCCUUGAUCCCAUGUGACGCAAACUAAUGAUGCUAGUAAACUAGUUUCUAGUCGUAGGACAUAUCGCUGUUGAAAGAAGAAAAUCUUGUAUCUACAUUUUUGGCAUUUUUCAGUUUUCAAUUUGAAAAAUGUCUUACCAUUUACGUUGUACUCAACUUUCAUAAAUGCAGUACCUUAUGUGAACUGGAAGCAGCUGGAGUGGAACAUUCUUGCCAAUUUAUGUGUUUGUAAAUCUGUGAUUCAGAUAUUUUUGUAAGCCUACCACAGUGCGUUGAAAUGAAAUAUACAUUAAAACGUUUCACAUUGUGUUUUUA